GACAUGACUAUGGUGGAUCCUCUGCGGAGCCUCAACAACAUCCUGAUAAUGACGAGGCAGAGAAGAGUCUUUCCAGAUCAGAACACCAGAUGGACAACGCUAGCCCUUCCUCCCUCCUGGAGUCCAUGUGUCGUGCCUCUCCCGGUCGCACCUUACUGCUGGGUAUGAAGAGGUUGUCUGUGCUGCUGGUGGACUUCAGGAAAACAACGGGGCUGAGUGGAACUGUGAGAGGAGGAGAAGAGAUGAAAGGAUCAGAUUUGACUCAUCAAAGAGAAAGACCAGACUCAGAGGAACCAGAGCCAGGGUUGUCCAAACCAGCAAGAAGACACCAGUGCUCUGACUGUGGAAAGGGUUGUAACAGGUUAGGGGCCCUGAAAGCCCAUGAGCUAGUACAUACAGGGGAGAAGCCUUACCACUGCUCCCACUGUGGCAAGUGUUUUAAGCAGUUAGGGAAUCUGAAAGGCCACGAAAGAAUACACACAGGGGAGAAGCCUUACCACUGCUCCCAGUGUGGCAAGUGUUUCAACCAUUCAGGGAAUCUGAAAGACCACGAAAGAAUACACACAGGGGAGAAGCCUUACCACUGCUCCCGGUGUGGAAAGUGUUUUAAGCGGUUAGGGAGCCUGCAACGACACAGGCUAGUACACACAGGGAAGAAGCCUUACCACUGCUCCCAGUGUGGAAAGUGUUUUAAGCGGUUAGGGAGCCUGAAAGCCCAUGAGCUAGUACAUACAGGGGAGAAGCCUUACCACUGCUCCCAGUGUGGAAGGAGUUUUUACCAUAAAAACAGCCUGAACCAACAUGAGAAAAUACACAGAUGCAUUACCACUCCUCCCGGAGUGCAAAGCUUUUGCCCAUUUAGGAAGCCUGAAAGAGCAUGACACAGAGGAGAAAGCUUACAAAAGCUUAGACUUUGGGAAAACAUAUUACUCAUAACAAUCACUUAAACGUCAUUAGAGAAUCCACACAGGAGAGAGAAAUUACUACUCUUAGCGUGUAUAUUGAUAUUUCACAUCUCAUUUUUCUUACAAUUCAUCAGAGAACAUACACAGUGCUCCCGUUGUCUUAUAUUGUUGCCUUAUAAUGUGUUUACCUGUUUUUACCAGAUGAAAUUGCUUCUUCCAAUUAUUGAUAAACAUGUACCUGUUAAGAAACUGACUGUUAGAUAUGUUAAGGCUCCAUGGAUUGAUAUUGAAUUUAAAAACUGUAUGUUUGAAAGAGUUGGGGCAAAAGGAGUGGCUAAUAAGUCUGGCUGGCUUACAUGCUGCAAAUUGAGAAAUUAUGUGACCAAACUCAACAAAAAUAAUCAACUUUAUUAUGAAGCCAAGAUCAAUGAUAUAAAGAAUGAUGGAAAAAAA